UGGAUCAGACUGACACAUCUCUAGACCUACAAAGAGCCCAGGAGCAAAUAAGCCCAGGAUCCAUUUGGGGCAACUUCAUCCUCACGUUCGGCCUUACUUCUUCUCAAGAUGGUGUGCAUUGACAUUGGCGUGGAGCACUGCAAACUCCCAACCUGGUCCAGAGUUGGCAUGGAUAUCACACCAGAUGAGUUGAGACAUGUGGUGGAGAGAAAGGAGGAGUACAACACAUCCAUCCUGGACUCCAUAACCAUGCCUGAAGUGGACUGCACCAUGCUGGUCCUCGGGGGGGCCUUUCUGGUCAUCUGCUUGGUUUGCCUGUGGCUCAGCAGGAGGAAGUGGACAAGGCAAGGCCAAGGGAAGGGAGGUCUGCUCCAGUGCCAGGCUAAAGGGGACAGCAACAAGGCUGUUCUGAUGAUGGAGCUUCAGGAGAAGGUUCUGCUGAGGAUGGAGGGCAUGGAGCAGCGCCUCGACGCCAUGGAGGACUUCAUCAGCUGCAUGGGGAAGAAGAGGACCAUGGAGAAGACAAUGUACGGCAAGCAGGAGGCUGCUGGCGACAAGAGCAAAAGGGAUGAUGCCCUGCGCUUCUCUGACUGCUCUGACAACUCCAACUAAUGUCUCAAUACCUCAAGACCUGUUUAUGGACACUGCAUUUCUUUAAAAAUACAUUAAACUGAUUUGAAAAUAAAAGAUGUGAAAUUGAAAAAACA